UAUUAUCCGGGUCUUUCAUUGCGAACGUACCUUGUGGUCUGUGUCGUACGGCGUGCGUUGCGUAUUGCUGUGUGAAGUUCUACAGUCAAAGGCGAUGGUUUAUAGGUGUACUGUGUCGAGAUACACAUUCUUAUAUUGAGUGAGUCUUAAAGGGAGCCAAGAAAGCACGUUGAGGUGCGAUGGCUGCCCCAUUCCCAUUCAGGGUUCCCCCUCCAGGGUUACCUCCGGGUGUACAGCCGCCCACACCAAUCCCGGACUUUAUGUCGGAGGAAAAACUUCAAGAAAAAGCAAGAAAAUGGCAGCAGCUGCAAGCGAAACGCUAUUCAGAGAAACGAAAGUUUGGCUUUGUGGAUGCCCAGAAAGAAGAUAUGCCACCUGAGCAUGUUCGUAAAAUUAUUCGAGACCAUGGCGACAUGACCAACAGAAAAUUCCGUCAUGACAAAAGAGUGUACUUGGGGGCCCUCAAAUACAUGCCUCAUGCAGUUUUGAAACUGCUGGAGAACAUGCCUAUGCCCUGGGAACAGAUCCGAGAUGUACCAGUCUUAUACCACAUCACUGGAGCUAUUUCUUUUGUCAAUGAAAUCCCAUGGGUCAUUGAACCAGUGUACAUUGCUCAGUGGGGCACAAUGUGGAUCAUGAUGCGACGAGAGAAACGUGACAGAAAACACUUCAAAAGGAUGCGAUUUCCACCUUUUGAUGAUGAAGAGCCGCCACUGGACUAUGCUGACAACAUCCUUGAUGUGGAACCACUUGAAGCAAUUCAAAUGGAACUGGAUCCUGAUGAGGAUGGUUCAGUUGUAGAGUGGCUGUAUGAGCAUCAACCGCUCAAAGAAACUGCAAAGUUUGUCAAUGGCACGACCUACCGUCGCUGGCAAUUUACUUUGCCCAUGAUGUCCACACUGUACCGUCUUGCUAACCAGCUGUUGACUGACCUGGUGGAUUUCAACUACUUUUAUCUCUUCGACCUCAAAGCCUUCUUCACUUCCAAGGCUUUAAACAUGGCCAUCCCCGGUGGACCCAAGUUUGAGCCCCUGGUUCGAGACAUCAAUCUCCAGGAUGAAGACUGGAAUGAAUUCAAUGACAUCAACAAAAUCAUCAUCAGACAGCCUAUCAGGACAGAGUACAAAAUCGCCUUCCCAUACCUUUACAACAACUUGCCACACCAUGUCCACUUGACUUGGUACCACACACCAAAUGUCGUGUUCAUCAAGACGGAAGAUCCCGAUCUUCCAGCUUUCUACUUCGACCCACUGAUCAAUCCAAUUUCACACAGACAUUCCGUCAAGAGUCAGGAGCCCCUGCCAGAUGAUGAUGAAGAGUUCGAGCUGCCCGAGUACGUGGAGCCCUUCCUGAAAGAGACCCCACUCUACACAGACAACACAGCCAAUGGCAUUGCUUUGCUCUGGGCACCACGGCCAUUCAAUCUCCGUUCAGGUCGCACCCGAAGAGCCAUCGACAUUCCACUGAUCAAGAACUGGUACCGUGAGCACUGUCCUGCUGGACAACCCGUGAAAGUGCGGGUUUCCUACCAGAAGCUUCUGAAGUAUUAUGUCCUUAACGCCCUCAAACACAGACCACCCAAGGCCCAGAAGAAGAGGUACUUGUUCCGUUCCUUCAAGGCUACAAAGUUCUUCCAGUCCACCAAACUUGACUGGGUGGAAGUGGGUCUUCAGGUGUGCCGACAGGGCUACAACAUGCUUAAUCUGCUGAUCCACCGAAAAAAUCUGAACUACCUGCAUCUUGAUUACAACUUCAACUUGAAACCUGUCAAGACUCUGACCACAAAGGAGCGUAAAAAGUCCAGAUUCGGCAAUGCUUUCCAUCUCUGCAGAGAGGUGCUGCGUCUCAGCAAGCUGGUGGUGGACAGCCAUGUCCAGUACAGACUUGGAAACGUUGACGCUUUUCAGCUGGCUGAUGGUCUGCAGUACAUCUUCGCUCAUGUGGGUCAACUCACAGGAAUGUACCGUUACAAGUACAAGUUGAUGAGGCAGAUUCGAAUGUGCAAAGAUCUGAAACAUCUCAUCUACUACCGCUUCAAUACGGGCCCUGUGGGAAAAGGACCAGGUUGUGGUUUCUGGGCACCUGGCUGGAGAGUCUGGCUGUUCUUCAUGAGGGGCAUCACCCCUCUGUUGGAGAGAUGGCUUGGAAAUCUGCUUGCCAGGCAGUUUGAGGGGCGUCAUUCAAAGGGUGUGGCCAAAACUGUCACCAAGCAGCGUGUGGAGUCUCACUUUGAUCUGGAGUUGCGUGCUGCUGUGAUGCACGACAUCCUGGACAUGAUGCCAGAGGGCAUCAAGCAGAACAAGGCCAGGACCAUUCUGCAGCAUCUCAGUGAGUCAUGGAGGUGCUGGAAGGCCAACAUCCCCUGGAAGGUGCCUGGCUUGCCAACACCGAUUGAGAACAUGAUCCUGCGCUAUGUCAAGGCCAAAGCUGACUGGUGGACCAACACAGCGCACUACAACCGUGAGCGAAUUCGCCGCGGAGCAACUGUUGACAAAACAGUGUGCAAAAAGAACCUGGGACGACUGACCCGUCUGUACCUCAAGGCUGAACAGGAGAGACAGCACAACUACCUGAAGGACGGUCCCUACAUCACAGCUGAAGAGGCAGUGGCCAUUUACACCACCACUGUUCACUGGCUGGAGAGCCGUCGAUUUUCACCCAUUCCCUUCCCUCCGCUGUCGUACAAACACGACACCAAACUGCUCAUCCUGGCCCUGGAGAGACUCAAGGAGGCCUACAGCGUGAAGUCUCGACUGAACCAGUCCCAGAGAGAGGAGUUGGGUCUGAUUGAGCAGGCUUAUGACAAUCCUCACGAGGCUUUGUCAAGGAUCAAGCGUCACUUGCUCACUCAGAGAGCUUUCAAGGAGGUCGGCAUUGAGUUCAUGGACUUGUACAGCCAUCUGGUUCCUGUGUACGACGUCGAGCCAUUGGAAAAGAUCACCGAUGCCUAUCUUGACCAGUAUCUGUGGUAUGAAGCAGACAAGAGACGUCUCUUCCCACCGUGGAUCAAACCAGCAGACACUGAACCUCCUCCACUGCUGGUCUACAAGUGGUGCCAAGGCAUCAACAACUUGCAGGAUGUGUGGGAAACUGCGGAGGGAGAAUGCAAUGUGAUGCUUGAAUCUCGCUAUGAAAAGAUGUACGAGAAGAUCGAUCUGACGCUGCUCAACAGACUCCUGCGUCUCAUCGUGGAUCACAACAUUGCUGAUUACAUGACUGCAAAGAACAACGUGGUCAUCAACUACAAAGACAUGAACCACACCAACUCAUACGGCAUCAUCCGAGGACUCCAGUUUGCCUCUUUCAUCGUGCAGUAUUACGGUCUUGUGAUGGACCUUCUGGUGCUUGGACUGCACCGAGCCAGUGAGAUGGCUGGUCCCCCACAAAUGCCCAAUGACUUCCUCAGUUUCCAAGACACUGCCACAGAGAGUGCCCACCCCAUUCGACUUUAUUGUCGAUACAUUGACCGCAUCCACAUCUUCUUCAGGUUCUCUGCCGAUGAGGCCAGAGAUCUGAUCCAGAGGUACCUCACUGAACAUCCUGAUCCCAACAAUGAGAACAUUGUUGGCUACAACAACAAAAAGUGCUGGCCUCGUGAUGCCCGCAUGAGAUUGAUGAAGCAUGAUGUCAACCUUGGUCGUGCAGUGUUUUGGGACAUCAAGAACCGUCUGCCCAGGUCUGUGACAACAGUCCAGUGGGAGAACAGUUUUGUGUCAGUCUACAGCAAAGACAAUCCCAACCUGCUGUUUAACAUGUGUGGCUUCGAGUGCCGCAUCUUGCCCAAAUGUCGCACCAGCUACGAGGAGUUCACUCACAAGGACGGCGUCUGGAAUCUUCAAAACGAGGUCACCAAAGAGAGGACAGCGCAGUGCUUCCUGCGCGUGGACGAUGAGUCUAUGCAGCGCUUCCACAACAGAGUCCGUCAAAUCCUGAUGGCUUCAGGUUCCACCACCUUCACCAAGAUUGUGAACAAAUGGAACACGGCUCUGAUUGGCCUGAUGACAUACUUCCGAGAGGCUGUGGUGAACACCCAAGAGCUCCUGGACCUGCUUGUCAAGUGUGAGAACAAGAUCCAGACUCGUAUCAAGAUCGGCCUGAACUCCAAAAUGCCUAGCCGUUUUCCACCAGUGGUGUUUUACACCCCCAAAGAGCUUGGUGGCCUCGGUAUGCUGUCCAUGGGCCAUGUGUUGAUCCCACAGUCUGAUUUGAGGUGGUCCAAACAAACAGAUGUGGGCAUCACUCACUUCAGGUCUGGAAUGAGUCACGAGGAGGAUCAGCUCAUUCCUAACUUGUAUCGUUACAUUCAGCCGUGGGAGAGUGAGUUUAUCGACUCUCAGAGAGUCUGGGCUGAAUAUGCCCUCAAGAGGCAGGAGGCCAUCGCCCAGAACAGGCGUCUCACCCUGGAGGAUUUGGAGGAUUCCUGGGACAGAGGAAUCCCACGUAUCAACACUCUCUUCCAGAAAGACAGACACACACUGGCCUAUGACAAGGGCUGGAGAGUCAGAACAGAUUUCAAACAGUACCAGGUUCUCAAGCAGAAUCCGUUCUGGUGGACCCACCAGAGACACGAUGGCAAACUGUGGAACUUGAACAACUACCGCACAGACAUGAUCCAAGCUCUGGGAGGAGUCGAAGGCAUUCUGGAGCACACUCUGUUCAAAGGCACUUACUUCCCCACAUGGGAGGGUCUUUUCUGGGAGAAGGCCAGUGGGUUUGAGGAGUCGAUGAAGUGGAAGAAGCUGACGAAUGCUCAGAGGUCUGGUCUCAACCAAAUUCCCAACCGUCGUUUUACACUCUGGUGGUCUCCCACCAUCAACAGAGCCAAUGUGUAUGUGGGUUUCCAGGUGCAACUUGACCUCACUGGAAUUUUCAUGCAUGGCAAAAUCCCCACUCUCAAGAUCUCACUCAUCCAGAUCUUCAGGGCCCACUUGUGGCAGAAGAUCCACGAGAGCAUUGUGAUGGAUCUCUGCCAGGUCUUUGAUCAAGAACUCGAUGCUCUUGAAAUUGAGACGGUCCAGAAGGAAACCAUCCAUCCCAGAAAGUCGUACAAGAUGAACUCGUCCUGCGCCGACAUCCUCCUCUUUGCAUCCUACAAGUGGAAUGUCUCCCGUCCGUCUUUACUUGCCGACUCAAAGGAUGUGAUGGACAGCACCACCACACAAAAGUACUGGAUCGACAUUCAGCUACGUUGGGGAGACUACGACUCGCAUGACAUUGAGCGUUAUGCCAGAGCGAAGUUCCUGGACUAUACGACUGACAACAUGAGUAUCUACCCGUCACCCACAGGUGUGCUCAUUGCCAUCGACCUGGCCUACAAUCUUCACAGUGCUUAUGGCAACUGGUUCCCUGGCAGCAAGCCUCUGAUCCAGCAGGCGAUGGCUAAGAUCAUGAAGGCCAACCCAGCCUUGUAUGUGUUGAGGGAGCGCAUCCGCAAGGGUCUGCAGCUGUACUCUUCUGAGCCCACCGAGCCCUACCUGUCCUCCCAGAACUACGGUGAACUCUUUUCCAACCAGAUCAUCUGGUUCGUAGAUGACACCAACGUCUACAGAGUCACCAUCCACAAAACCUUUGAGGGUAACUUGACAACAAAGCCCAUCAACGGAGCCAUCUUCAUCUUCAACCCCAGGACUGGUCAGCUUUUCCUCAAGAUCAUUCACACGUCUGUGUGGGCGGGGCAGAAACGUCUGGGACAGCUGGCCAAGUGGAAGACGGCUGAGGAAGUUGCUGCCUUGAUUCGCUCCCUGCCAGUGGAAGAGCAGCCGAAGCAGAUCAUUGUGACCAGGAAAGGAAUGUUGGACCCCCUGGAGGUCCACUUGCUUGACUUCCCCAACAUUGUGAUCAAGGGCUCGGAGUUGCAGUUGCCCUUCCAGGCUUGUCUGAAGGUGGAGAAGUUUGGAGACCUGAUCCUGAAGGCCACAGAGCCUCAGAUGGUGCUUUUCAACUUGUAUGAUGACUGGCUCAAGACCAUUUCCUCUUACACUGCCUUCUCUCGACUCAUCCUCAUCCUCAGAGCACUGCAUGUCAACAAUGAUCGAGCUAAAGUCAUCCUGAAGCCUGACAAGACCACCAUCACCGAGCCUCACCACAUUUGGCCCACUCUCACUGACGAGGAGUGGAUCAAGGUGGAAGUGCAGCUCAAAGACCUUAUUUUGGCCGACUACGGCAAAAAGAACAACGUGAACGUGGCCUCGCUGACGCAGUCGGAAAUCCGUGACAUCAUCCUGGGAAUGGAGAUCUCUGCUCCCUCGCAACAGCGACAGCAGAUUGCUGAAAUCGAGAAGCAGACCAAAGAGCAGUCGCAGCUCACCGCCACCCAGACUCGAACCGUCAACAAACACGGGGACGAGAUCAUCACGUCCACCACCUCCAACUACGAGACGCAGACCUUCUCCUCCAAGACAGAGUGGAGAGUCAGGGCCAUAUCUGCUGCCAACCUGCAUCUCAGAACAAACCACAUUUAUGUGUCGUCUGAUGACAUCAAAGAAACUGGCUACACCUACAUCCUGCCCAAGAACGUCCUCAAGAAGUUCAUCUGCAUUUCUGAUCUGCGAGCUCAGAUUGCUGGGUACCUGUAUGGCACCAGUCCACCAGACAACCCACAGGUGAAGGAGAUCCGGUGCAUCGUGAUGGUUCCACAGUGGGGGACCCACCAAACUGUGCAUCUUCCCAACCAGCUGCCUGGACAUGAAUACCUGAAGGAAAUGGAGCCCCUGGGGUGGAUCCACACUCAGCCCAAUGAGUCGCCUCAGCUGUCGCCUCAGGAUGUCACCACCCACGCCAAGAUCAUGGCAGACAACCCAUCAUGGGAUGGAGAGAAGACCAUCAUCAUCACCUGCAGCUUCACUCCGGGCUCAUGCACACUCACCGCCUACAAGCUGACGCCCAGCGGGUACGAAUGGGGUCGACAGAACACGGACAAGGGCAACAACCCCAAAGGCUACCUGCCGUCCCACUACGAGAGGGUCCAGAUGCUGCUGUCCGACCGCUUCCUGGGAUUUUUCAUGGUCCCUGGACAGGUCUCCUGGAACUACAACUUCAUGGGUGUUCGACAUGACCCCAACAUGAAGUACGACCUGCAGCUGGCAAACCCCAAGGAGUUCUACCACGAAGUCCACAGACCGUCGCACUUCCUCAACUUUGCCUCUCUGCAGGAGGGUGAGAUCUACAACGCUGACCGGGAGGACAUGUUUGGCUGAGCUGAAGUCCAGCGCUUGUAAUAUUUCUAGUAACUUGUUUAGACAUUUUUAUGUGAAGGCAAUGGAACUGUUUUAGCCUCCGUUUGUUUUGUUUUUUUUCUACAGCUGUUUGGCAGUGCCCCCCUUUUCCGAUAGCCUGUGUGAUAAUGCAGUUUGUGAUUGUCGGGUCACAGCGGAUUGCUGUCUGUAUUUAAUCAGAACCUGUCCCCUCGUCCAUAACAGACCCCCUUAUUUUCCUUUUUUUUGGAAUAGAAAUUGACAAAUUUAAAUGCUGUACUACAUUCAAAUAAUGUGGUAACAAGAUCUGUAACUUGGUGGCCUGUCUUUAAAUAAAGAGCAUCCAUUUUGUACAAA